CUCUUCGAACUUAGUAUCUGAAGAGACGAAUAGUCUAAAAUUGUUCUUUAAAGGGAUGUAAAUGUCAAUUUGAAGAAGAUGGCAGGGCUGAUAAAAAGAAACUACGCAGAAAGAAGGAAAGAGUGACAAAGUCCACGCUUGCCAUUUUUUUUUCAAUUCGAUCUCGCGACGCCUUGUUUUUCUUUCCCUUAAUGUCGGCAUCCAUGAUGAGCUAAUCCACCUCUCUCCUUAAUUAUUCCGCAAGAUAAGAAUCCCUUAGAAGGCAAGGAAAAACUUCUUCCCCAUCCCUCUCUGAGGCGUAAAGGUAAAGUUGCGAUGACUUCGGCUGCGGCGUGUGCGGAGCGAGCGACAAGCGACAAGUUGAUCGGCCCGGACUGGGCGAUCAAUUUGGAGUUAUGCGACAUUCUCAAUAUGGAUCCUGGGCAAACAAAGGAGGCAUUGAAAGUACUUAAAAAGCGUCUUGGAAGCAAAAGUCCAAAUGUUCAACUUCUGACACUUUCUGUGCUGGAGACUCUAAGUAAAAAUUGUGGAGACACUGUUCACCAACAAAUUGUUGAGAGGGAUAUUUUGCAUGAAAUGGUUAAAAUUGUAAAGAAAAAACCUGCUCUAAAUGUAAGAGAGAAGAUAUUAGUUUUGAUAGAUACCUGGCAGGAUGCUUUUGGAGAAUCAGGAGGACGACAUCCUCAAUAUCAUGCUGCAUACCAAGAACUUAGGGCUGCUGGAGUUGAGUUUCCACCCCGUAUAGAAAAUGUUGUUCCAUUGUUCACCCCUCCUCAGACACACCCUGUAACACAUCAACCAUCAGCAUAUGAAACCGCUUUAGAAGCUUCACUUCAGUCAGAAAUUUCUUCUCUCAGCUUGCAAGACAUUCAGAAUGCUCGAGGAAUAGCAGAUGUGUUAUCUGAGAUGCUUAAUGCAUUGGAUCCCAAAAACCAAGAGGGCAUAAAGCAAGAAGCUAUCGUUGACCUUGUUGAGCAAUGCAAUUCUUAUAAAAAGCGUGUCAUGGUUCUUGCGAAUAAUACUGGAGAUGAAGAACUUCUUUGUCAAGGUCUGACACUUAAUGAUGAGCUUGAGCGUGUACUUCAACGACAUGAUGAUAUCAUCAAGGGAACUUUUCCUAGUGGUGUACCUCCAGUUGCUUCAUCUCUGCCUUUUAUUAAUGUAAAUCAUGAGGAUGAUGAGCUGGAGGAUGAUUUCUCCCUGCAGUUGUCUCUCAGGGGUCCAAGGUACAAUGCUACUGGGAAUGGUAGUUCCAAACCACCAAGCACUCUUCUCCACCCACCUCCUCCAAUAGGCAAGGAGGACUAUCUGAGUGGUGAUGCUUACAGAUCAGAACAAUCAUUUGGUGCUCCUGUUAACCCACCGCUGCAACCUACUUCACCUCUGCUCAAAUCUUCCGAUCCAGCACCAUUUCUGGAGUCUUCUCGCAUGCCCAGAUAUGAUGAGCCUGUUCAAGCAGAGAGAUCCACUGUCGAACUACCGAAGGCUCCUUGGGAAUCCCAGACUCUUGGUCCCCUGCCACCCUCAGUACUGGAUUAUAGCCAAAGAGAGCAGGGUUUUGACCCCCCUCAGAAGCAUGGCUCAUCAGGUGGGGUGCCGAUGACACAUUAUCAGAAUCCCUCUUUUACUCCCGAUACUUCAAGUUUGGAUCCACAUCAUAACCAACGAAGCUUUAGAAGCCAGGACGUGGCACCGACAACCAGUCAAACCAAGCCUGAGGAUGCUCUCUUCAAAGACUUGGUCGACUUUGCAAAGGCCAAAUCGUCUUCAUCACCCAAGGCACCCAACACUCUAGGAACCCGUUGAUCAGUUUUAGGUGUGAAGGUCGUCCAUUUCAUUGUGUUUUGUCUUAUUAGCUAGCCUUAGUGCAAUUAAAGGGAUAUUUAUCAGUUUGGUUUUGUUCAAGUCGUUUGUUCUGUGGUGUAUAUGAAUGAAGUGAGUUGCAUUGUUCUUUCGUAAUCUGACUUCAAAUGCUUUACAGAUUUGUGCUAGUGAUAGUCAUUUCUGUAUUACCACGUAGCAGCUCAAUAAAGUGACUUUCUUCUUCUUUUUCUCA